GCUGCACUUAAGGGGAAAACCUUCAGCUACAAGCAUACAUUUGUUCAGCAUAAGACAGUCCACGCUGGAGUAAAGCCUUUUGAGUGCAGUGAAUGUGGAAAGGCCUUCAGGUUUAAGUAUAAACUUGUUCAGCACCACCGUACUCACACUGGAGAAAGGCCUUAUGUGUGUAGUGAAUGUGGGAAAGCUUUUGGGUGCAAAUCCAAACUUGUUCAGCACGAGAGAAUUCACACCGGAGCAAGGCCUUAUGAGUGUGCUGAAUGUGGCAAAUUUUUUAGACAAAGCUCCGGCCUUGUUCAACAUCGGAGAAUUCACACUGGAGCAAAGCCUUAUGAAUGUGGCGAAUGUGGAAAGUCCUUUAGCCAAAGCUCUAUCCUCAUCCAACACCAGAGAGUUCACACUGGAGAAAGGCCAUAUGAGUGCAAUGAAUGUGGGAAAGGCUGACAAAGCUCCAGUUGCAUUCAGCAUCGGAGAGUUCACACGGGAAUAAGGCCUUAUGAAUGUAGUGGAUGUGGGAAGUCCUUUAGCCAAAGCUUCAGGCUUAUUCUACAUUGGAGAAUUCACACUGGAGAAAGGCCUUAUGAGUGCAACGAAUGUGGAAAAUCCUUUAGCCAAAACUACAGCCUCAUUCAACACCAUAAACUUCACACUAGAUAAAGGCCUCAGGAGUGCAGCCAGCACAAGAAAGUUCAUUAAACAGUCUGCUCUGAUUUAACACCAAAAAUUCACGACCCACGUUAGUUUUAUGAAUCAGCAAAUGUGGAAAAAUGUUCAGCCAAAGAUCUAAACUCAUUGAGCAUGAGAAAGAAAUUCCACUUAAGAUGGUGGCCUUAAACCUUCAGCGAACGUGCUCUUUGUUCAGCGUAACAACACUAGAGAGCAUCUGUGCAGAGCCAUCUGCUGUGUAUUCCAGUUGUGAGAAGUUUUCAGGAGCUGCAUUUCAUAUUCUGACCUGCGCAGACCUUGCCAGAAUUAUGUCACUGCCAGGUGGUAGUAGAAGUCAUUUUGCCUCUGACACCUGGCAGGUCCUUAAGGCACGCGUGUCUCCUCAGCACGCUUAGGGAAGACAGAUGUUUGCACUCUGUCUCCCAUCCUCUAGUGAAAAUCAAUCUGAUCCCCUGGGGGUUCUCAUUCGCUUUCUUCUGACUAGUAUGGCAGGGACCUGACCCACUUUUUGCUGAAAGGAUCCAGUCUAGGAACUGCUGAGUUUGUAAAGUUUUACCUUCAUGGUGUUAAUUGGUCUCAUGCAAUAUUUUUUAUAGGUUUUCCAGCCUCCAACUCACUGAUCUGGGACCUGUGUGUCUCACAUUUGCUCUGGUUUGUGCAAUAAUAAAAGUCUUAUUAAGUGACCUUUAA